GUGCGCCGCGGCCUCGCGUGGCGGGGGAGGGAGCCGCAGGCGGAGGCUUCCCGUGAGGGCCGGAAGUGGAGCUCCGGGAAACGCUUCCUUCCUGGGGAGAGCCCGGCGCGGCCUCUGUCACGGUGGUGGGACGCUAGAGACCGCAGCUACCGAAAGGCGGCGGGGUUUCGCUUGGAAGUGGGGCAGGCCCCGCGGGAGAGCAGGUCCGGCGCUCGGAAGUACUCCGGAACUGGAAGUAAAAGACCUUUCUUUCUGCCUUGCCCUUUCCGGACCCAAGUGGAUGUUGUACCAAACUGGUUACCCUGGUAACAGAAGUCGCGUUUAGACGCCUCCGAGAGAAGAGGUUGGGUCCUAGACUUUUGGAGCUGUUCAAAGCCCUGUGUCACAACCAUGAAGGCAUCCUCAAAGGGUCUACUCACCCAGCUUUCUCAAUUCUGGAACCUCUUAGAUGAUUUGGCGGAAAAUGACCCUGAGUGCUACAAGAACUUUAUUCAACAGGAGCUGAAGGAGGGAAAACAGUUCUGUGCUGCCCCAGAACCACAGCUCUGUGUACAGACCAAGAUCCUAAAACCAAAAGAAAAAAUACUUUUUAUCAACUUGUGUUGGUGGGAAAGGAUUCCUGCUCCCCAGUCAACCACUGAACCAGUACCUCUAAGUGUUGGUAGACCAGAAGAUAUCUCUGAAGCAUCAGGUGCUUAUACAGUCAUUGAUGUUGUCUACAAUCCUGGUGUUCUACAAACAGCAGAAAAUGACCAAGUGACACAGAAUCAGUUGAUAAAGAUGGCCAUGGGAUGCAUUGAGAAGAAAUUCCAGUUCGCUCUUUCAAAUGCUUACCAUGUUAUGAAAUUUAGAGCAAAAGGAAGCAUUCAAAGAAAAGGGAAUCUGAUGGGCAAACAAAGUGACUUCAGAGAUAUAAGAGAGAAAAUGAGAACAGAGCAUACUCUUGAGAUGAUACGAAGCAGCACUAUGAAUGAUCCAAAUCACUUUCCUCAGUUGCUACUGCCAAAGAAACAAACUUCAGGCAAUGCAGGAUGUCUUAUAGAAGAGAUUUCUAGUACAGAAACCCAGGAGAUGAAGGAACCAAGCCAUGAAUUAAAAGUUAUAAAGGAUCAGAAUGAUAAACCUCUGAAAAUUGAAUUGAUGGUUGCAUUACCUGGUAUUAAUUCAGCCUCCCUCUGUGACCUGAGUGUUUCUGAGGUUGAUUUACUGAUUGAGGUCCCUGAGAAGUACAGACUAUACCUGAAUCUUCCCGAAUCUGUGGAUACUGAAAGGACUACAGCAAAAUUUAUGAAGGAAAGAUCUAAGUUAAUCAUCACGAUGCCCCUGGUGUAAUACAGCAUCCCUUUUGGUUUUCAAUGCUAUAAGUCAUGUGAAUUAUAAGACCUAUAUCAUAAA